AUGGAAGAUGGACAUUUAGAAGGUGAGGAAAGCCCUAUGGACGUCAGCCAUCCUGGUGAUGACGAGGACGAGGGCGAUCAUUUUGGUGUCGAGGAGCCGGAUUUCUUUGAGCUGGGAAAGAACACAAGCGGGGAGUCACUCAUCGACGCACUUGAUGAGAUCCGCCACUUCCCCCAACCGGAUACAGUUUCAUCAAUGAUCCCAGUGUGGCUAUACGUUCCACAAAGACCAGAAGUUCUUCAGCAACUUGUGCAAUUGAACCACGCAUUUGUCAUGUUGACUAAGGGAUCAUACGACCUCAUCGGAUAUCUAGCUGAUCACUACCAGAUCAGUCCAAUCUAUUGUGACACCGCUUUAAAGCAGGGUCAACCUUGGCUUCAUCAACUUUACCAGAUUGGGUGGCUGAUUCUCGAGGAGGCGGAUACCACUCAGCUUGUUCUUCAUGCUUUAUUCCACAUGACGAAGAGAGAACCUAGCCAGCCGGUGGUGCUUAUAUCAGUGCGAUCAGCUCCACUUAUUGUAGACCUAAUUCCCAAGGUGUUCCACUGCCAACGUGGUCGAUCAGUUCAAUUCCACCCUGCACCAUUUCCGUACGGUUAUCCGCCCCCUGCAUAUCCCACUGCCACCCCAACAGCACAAUCUACGUCCGAGGCCCAGGCCUCCUCCUCAAAUAUUGUCGAGACAUACCCCUUAGAUACACCCCUGUCCUCCGAUGCAUUCUCUACCAUUGACCUCCAGCCCAUGUCCAACGCGGACUUGGAUUUUGGCUACCAACACUGGGGGUUAUCUACUACCACAUCUAUCAGCAGCGUCAGCGAGUCAACAUGGCCAGUGUCAAAUGAACUGAUAGAAGCAUCUUACGAGCAGCCAGUCCUCAACAACUUUCAUCCCGAUCUGCAAUGGAGAGACAAGAACGCUAGCGAGUGGACUAACUUAAACCAGUCACAAAGAUCGACCCUUAACCGUGAAAUGAAGCAAUCCCUUUGGCCACGUAUCGUGCUGCUGACAAGGUGGCUCUUCAUGGGAGCUUUGUGGAUAGGGCAGGAUAGAGACUCACUCAGUGUCUCUCCGGCAGGACUGAUUGUCAUCGAGGAUGGACAGACCGUCUCUGUAGGUUGGAAAGCAUUCCGCGUGAAUUUGGCUAAGACCCUUGAUAAUGUGAAGGCAGAGCUAAGGAAGGUGAUCAAAGUGCACAAUAUGGAAGAAAGAAUCAACUACUUCGUUUCGCUUUUGAACUCUGACAAGCGCUAUCAAGUGCAACGGGCCAUUUCAGAACUUAUAGUGGAGCAACUUUUCAGAGAGCUCCUGUGGGCGUCCCUACUCCGUCCGAUCAGUGGGUUGGGAGAUGAAGGCCGCAAUGGGAGGGUAGCGGAUCUCUUUCCAGAAGAGAUACUUUCAAAGUUCAAGUGCUUGGCACAACAGCCGAUCUACAGCACCAUGACUAUGGUCUUGAAGGAAAUAAACCCGAGCAACAUCGACUAUCAUACACCAGACAUAAUGCACGUCAUCAUUAUGUCGGCCUUGGACGAGAUGUAUGCACAGCCCCACCUGUAUCCCGACUUCAGAGGCGCGGUAAUGGCCCUUCCCUUCCUAAUGGAGCGUAACGUCCUGCCCAUCGAGCCCAAGUCGCAACGCCCAGGAUUCGUCUCGAACAGGUCAAGAAGGAGGAGAAUGUUGGACGUUGUCGAUAUCGACACUCAGUCAAAUACUAAUGAUGCUAGCAUGAACGUGUUCGGCGAAGUUCCGAAUAAUGGUGGUUUUACCUACGAAAAGUCUCUCAGAUCAGUAUGGGAUGUACCCGAAUCAUACUUCACAGUCUGGGGAACAAGUCUGUCACAGAUUCCGGUAGUGCAGUGUCAGCCGCUCGGCUCAAUUUGUGAGAACCUCGAAGCAGCACCCCCUCAGCGGCUGUAUGUAACCCAAAGAUACUCCGCUCCACAGACCCACAUUUCAACCGAACCCCGCGUUAGUGAUGCAAACAAAUCUCGUCUAAGAAGUCCCUCGAUUUACAACGACCCUUCCCCACUCUCCUGUUUCAGCAAGUCCUGCGCAUCUGGUGCACUCAGCGUCACUUUGCGUUUGAUGGCCAGAUUCAUAGCAAGCCAGAAGCUCCGGACAGAACUAUACGUCCUGUCAUUCUUGCUGAAAGAUCGCGUCUAUCCUGGCGAUCUUUGGGAAUUAGUCGGGGAGCGCAGUAUAGAGGCGACGCAGGAGGAAAUUCUGCGAAGACAUCAGAGCACCUGUACCAGUGGGGACGAAGAAAGGCAUGCAACCGUAGAGCGAAUGCUCAUGGAUGAGAGGAAGAAGCGGUGUCAGAUGGAGGUGUCUUUAUACAGUCAGGCUAUCGAACUAUUGGAGCAACAUCGGAUGUUUGCAGAAUCUGAAAUUUGGUUCGCCUCGCAGGAAGAAAGGCGAGCACCCAUCAGUUUGAACUGCAUUAGCCCCUCAUUACCCCUCUCGAGCACAUGGGUCACCACCGAUGUCCAAGAGGCCUUUUACAAUGCAUUCCAAGAAGAACUGAACAUGCAGGCAGAACUGAUGACGAUGUCCCUUGCUACCAGGCACAAUAACACCUAUCUGCGCAACCUUGGGCUGGAUUUACUAAUCCUGCAGUCCAAGACGCGCCGCGCCGAAGCUGAAAUUGAACUCUAUAACGUGGCCAUUGAAAAUGCCCAUGGGUUCGAUCUCUGUGGCAGCAGUUCAAAAACACCCCUCGACACAACCAUUCGAAGACCUCUAUGCAAGGCAGCGCACUGUUACGACGAGGACGAGGAAGUUGACGAUGGUUCAGAGGGCUAUGAAGACUACGAAGACUGGAAAUUGUGA